CUUUUAAUAUAAAACUUCAUCUCUCUCUUUUUGUCUAGGCUCUCUCCUCUGCUGUAUACCAUAUGGCAGCUGAUGUGAGCUCUCUAUUUAGGGUUUUGACUGGAUACAAGGAUCAACGGACGGUUGCUAACGAGCCUGUUGCUGGAAAAUCAACGGCUCUUAUGACCAGGGAUUUGCUUGGUGGUGGUGGUGGUGAUGCUGAGGACGAGUCUCAAGAAUUGGACCUCGACUCGCAAGUGCCCACUGGCUGGGAAAAGCGCCUAGACUUGAAGUCAGGGAAGGUUUAUUUACAACGAUGCAAUUCCUCAAGUUCAGCUUCACCUUCUCCUUCAACAUCAUCAGAUCUCAGGCAACAAACCAAUCAAACAGUGGCAAAGCUUCAAGAUUUAAACUUGCCUCCAUCACCUUCCAAGAUUACACUAAAUCUUUUUGAUGAAACAAACUUAGACCUGAAGUUAGUCUCGUCACCGUCAGGAACAACUACUACUUCAUCAUCAUCAUCAGCCAAAUAUCAAAGUGUGUGCACUCUAGAUAAAGUGAAGUCUGCACUUGAAAGAGCGGAGAAAGAACCUAUUAGAAAGCGAUCAUCGCUGUGGAAAUCACCAUUGUCACCUUCAUAUUCUUCAUCAUCGUCUUCCAUUAGGGAUAUUCCAGAAGAAGAAAACGAACAGAACCCAGUAUCUGCACCAGUGGCAGCAGGUUGCCCAGGCUGCUUAUCUUAUGUUUUGAUAUUGAAAAAUAAUCCAAAAUGUCCCAGGUGCAAUUCGGUUGUUCCAGUUCCAAUAGUAAAGAAGCCUAGGAUAGAUCUCAACAUUCCAAUAUGAUAAAUCAGAGAGAUUUGAUGUUUUUGUGAUUUUGUACAUGAUAUAUGGAAUUAAGGGUUUCAGAGAAUAGAAUUGUAGGCAAAAAAGAGAUAUAUCAAUUUUUUUUUUUUUAUGGCUUUUUAUCCCAUAACAGUUAGGAAAUUUAUGCAUCUUAGACCUCAAUUUGCUGCCAUGUCUCCGUAUUUUAUGUACUCUGUUAAUAUAAAGAGGAUUUUUACUA